UAUUUCUUCUGCGCCUACAAAUCCCAUAAGGCAAUGCGGCACCCGGAAGCGGAAACAGCUGGCCGAUCCAGGCCUGUGAUUGGUGGUGAGCAUUGGGCCAAUUGGAGGAGUUGUUGUUAGACAGUCUAGGAGAACCCGUCAGGGAGGGAGGAAGGUGGCAAGAUGGUGUUGGAAAGCACUAUGGUUUGCGUGGAUAACAGUGAGUAUAUGCGGAAUGGAGACUUCUUGCCCACCCGGCUGCAGGCGCAACAGGAUGCCGUCAACAUAGUCUGCCACUCCAAAACCCGCAGCAACCCCGAGAACAACGUGGGCCUCAUAACCUUGGCCAAUGACUGUGAAGUGCUGACCACACUCACCCCUGACACUGGCCGCAUCCUGUCCAAGCUCCACACUGUCCAGCCCAAGGGCAAGAUCACCUUCUGCACUGGCAUCCGCGUGGCCCACCUGGCUCUCAAGCACCGACAGGGCAAGAAUCACAAGAUGCGCAUCAUUGCCUUUGUGGGAAGCCCCGUGGAAGACAACGAAAAGGAUCUGGUGAAACUGGCCAAACGCCUCAAGAAGGAGAAAGUAAAUGUUGAUAUUAUCAAUUUUGGGGAAGAGGAGGUGAACACGGAGAAGCUGACAGCCUUUGUGAACACACUGAACGGCAAAGACGGGACCGGCUCCCACCUGGUGACGGUGCCCCCGGGGCCCAGCCUGGCCGACGCCCUCAUCAGUUCGCCGGUUCUGGCUGGUGAAGGCGGCGCCAUGCUGGGUCUCGGUGCCAGCGACUUCGAGUUUGGAGUGGAUCCCAGCGCCGAUCCUGAGCUGGCCCUGGCCCUGCGUGUCUCCAUGGAGGAGCAGCGGCAGCGGCAGGAGGAGGAGGCACGGCGGGCAGCUGCGGCCUCUGCUGCUGAAGCCGGGAUUGCUGCGGCCGGGACUGAAGACUCGGACGACACCCUGCUGAAGAUGACCAUCAGCCAGCAGGAGUUCGGCCGCGCGGGGCUCCCUGACUUGAGCAGCAUGACUGAGGAGGAGCAGAUCGCGUACGCCAUGCAGAUGUCCCUGCAGGGGGCAGAGUUUGGCCAGGCAGAAUCAGCUGACAUCGAUGCCAGCUCAGCCAUGGACACAUCUGAGCCAGCCAAGGAGGAGGAUGACUAUGACGUGAUGCAGGACCCCGAGUUCCUUCAGAGUGUCCUGGAGAACCUUCCAGGCGUGGACCCCAAUAAUGAGGCCAUUCGAAAUGCCAUGGGCUCCCUGGCCUCCCAGGCCACCAAGGAUGGCAAGAAGGAGAAGAAAGAGGAAGACAAGAAGGGAGACUGAGGGCGAGGGGGGCUGGGCCUGCUCAGGGGGCUGUGGAGGGUGGGCUGGGGUGUGUGGCUAGAUGUCCUGUCUGUGACCAUUGCAACCUAAAUAAAACUUGACACCUUUU